AUGGGAGAUAUGCUGGCGAGCGAGAGAGAGGAGGUGUGUGGGUUGCUGGAGGGGGAGGUGAGGGGAUGGAGAGGAGGAGAGAGGGAGGAGGGAGUGGGUGAGGUAGAGGAGGGAGAUGAGGAGGAGGGUGUGGGGAGUGGGAGUGGGGAGUGUGUGUGGUGUGGGAGGGAGGGGUGUGAUGGGCUGAUUGGUGCUGUUGGUGAGUUGAGGAGAGUGUUAGAGAGAGUGGGGAGGGGGAAGGAAGAGAAAGGGAGGAGAUGGGGAGCGGGAGAGGGAGGGAUGCGGAGGGGAGGGAGGCUGUUGAUAGGGGAGGAGGAUGAGGGCAAGGAGGAAGAGGAGGAGGAGGAGAAAGGGACGGUAGGAUGGAGGAGAGAGAGUGGGAAGGAGACGGGGAGGGGAUUGAGGGAAGAGGAGAAGGGUGGUGGAGGAGGGGAGGGAAGGCUUGCUGUCGGCAGCAAGAGAGGGGUUUGGAACGGUAGGAAUGGAUUGGUGAAGUGUGGGGAAGGAGGGGAGGGGUGUGGGGGAGAGGAGGAACGGGAUGGGAAAGCAGCCAAGGGGAAGGGUGGUAGUGGGAGAGAUGGGGAGACUGCUGCUGCAAGAGGGACGGUGGGAACGGUGGGGAAGGGGGGAGUGCAAGAGGUUGCUGAAGCGAAGGUUGAGGAGAGAGAGGAGGGGGAGGUGAGGGAGGAGGAGGAGGAGGAAGAGGAGGAAGAAGAGGAAGAGGAGGGAAAGGAGGGAGGGGAGGGAGAGGACAAGGAGAGGAACGUGAGAGGAAAGGGGAAGGGGGAGGAGGAGAGGGAGAGAAGGAAGGCUGGGGGGGGAGUGAGGAAGGAUAAUGAGGAGGAAGAAGACGAUAGUGAUAGUGAUGAAGACAGUGAUGAGGAUUCUAAGGACGAUUCUAAGGAUGAUGAUUACAAGGGUGAUGAGGAGGAGGAGGACGAGUCUGAGAGUGAUAGUGAUAGUGAUGGGGAUGGGGGUGAGGAUGGUGAUGUGGUUGAGGUGAAGAAGGAGAGGGUGGAGAGUGGGGAGGGAAGUGGUGCAGUGGGAGGCGGUGCGGUGGGAGGUGGUUUGGUGAGAUUUGGUGGACUUAGGUUUCUCUGCUGUCUCUUGUGCCCUUCCACACUCCCCAGCAGUGAAACCCACCACCUCCCUCCACUCUUCUUCCCUCUUCUCAUCCCCUCUUCUCAUCCCCUCUUCUCAUCCCCUCUUCUCAUCCCCUCUUCUUCCCUCUUCUCAUCCCCUCUUCUCAUCCCCUCUUCUUCCCUCUUCUCAUCCCCUCUUCUUCCCUCUUCUCAUCCCCUCUUCUCAUCCACUCUUCUUCCCUCUUCUCAUCCCUCUUCUUCCCUCUUCUCAUCCCUCUCUUCCCUCUUCUCAUCCCCUCUUCUCAUCCCCUCUUCUCAUCCCCUCUUCUCAUCCCCUCAUCCUCCCUCUUCUCAUCCCCUCUUCCUCCCUCUUCUCAUCCCCUCUUCUCAUCCCCUCUUCUCAUCCCCUCUUCUUCCCUCUUCUCAUCCCCUCUUCUCAUCCCCUCUUCUUCCCUCUUCUCAUCCCCUCUUCUCAUCCCCUCUUCUUCCCUCUUCUCAUCCCCUCUUCUCAUCCCCUCUUCCUCCCUCUUCUCAUCCCCUCUUCUUCCCUCUUCUCAUCCCCUCUUCUUCCCUCUUCUCAUCCCCUCUUCUCACCCCCUUUCUUCCCUCUUCUCAUCCCCUCUUCUCAUCCCCUCUUCCUCCCUCUUCUCAUCCCCUCUUCUCAUCCCCUCUUCUUCCCUCUUCUCAUCUUCUCUCCCUCCCCCUUCUCAUCCCCUCUUUCCCUGGUCCCUUCUUCUUUCCCCUGUUCCCUUCCCUUUCCCCCUUUCCCCUUGUCACCAUUCCCAGGCUUAGGUGGUUCGGGUCUCACCCGUCCACCCACCACCUCUGCUGUCUCCCGCGCCCUGCCGCACUCCUCCCCAGUACCCAGAGCAGCAUCAGUUUACUGCCUAGUGGUAAAAAAGAAGGGGAAGACGGGGGAGUUUGUCGUUUUCACUUUUCCCUGCCUUGCAUUUUCCCUGUUCCCUUCCCUUUCAACCCCAGGCUUAGGUGGGUCAUUCGGGUCUCACCCGUCCACCCACCACCUCUGCUCUCCCAUCCGUGCCCCGCCACUCUCCCCAGCACCCAGACCAGAGCUGCCGUUUCCUCUCUAGUGGGCUUGGGUGGUUCGGGACUUACCCGUCCACCCACCACCUCUGCUGUCUCCCGCGCUCCACCUCACUCCCCAGCACCCAGAGCUGCUGCCUUUAGACCCAGCGGUCAGGCUGGGCCCAGCAGGGUUGGAUGCGGUGAUGAGCGGUUUGGGAACAACACGGCUAGAGGUGGUGGUGACGGGUGGGGCAGUGGGGUGGGAUGCGGUGGUGAGCGGUGGGGGAAGAACAUGGCUAAAGGUGGUGGCAAGGGGUGGGGAAGCGGGGUUGGAUGCGGUGGUGAGCGGUGGGAGAACAAUUCAGCCAAGGGUGGCGGUAUGGGGGCGGUGGGGGCAGGGGGGUUUGGAAAGGGAGGGCGGGAAAAGCUGAAUGUGAUCAACACGCAGGCGUUUGGGGUGGAUGUGAGGUUGCAGGAGUGGAACGAUAAGCUGCAGAUGCACGGUGCAUAUGGGCUUCCCCCGGAGACACAAACAGAGCUGCUGAAAUACAUCAAGAAGUACAAUCUGCUGUGGAUUGAGCGCAACCGGCUCGCUCCGCUGGAGGUGAAGCAGCUGGAGAUGCUGAUGGGAUUCCCGGAGGGGCAUGUGAGCGUGGUCACCAACAACAAGACUAGCAGAUACAAGAUGCUCGGCAACACCUUUCACGUGCCCACCGUCGCUCUCCACCUCUCAGUCCUGCGUCUCCUCAACCGGCCAAUCCGCGUGCUCUCUCUCUUCUCAGGCAUCGGCGGUGCGCUAGUGGCACUCCACAAGGUGAAGGUCCCUGUGAUCUGCGCUGUGAGCGUGGAGUCUGAGAAAAGCUGCCGCGAUGCCGAGGGGAGGUGGUGGAGGGAAACCGCAAUGGCAGAGGAGGCGGUGGAGAGGGGUGGGAAUGGGUCCAACAAGAUGCUGGGGGAGUUACUGCAGGUGUAUCACAAUGUGAGGGAUUUGAGCAGAGAGGUAGUGGAAUCGUUGGUGCGUAAAUUUGGACCUGUUAUUGAUUUGCUCCGCCUCUCGACGACAUUACAUUCGCGAUUCGGCGACAUUGCAUUCGCCAUCAUGGCGGCGACAUUCGCUCCCCCAAUUCGCCAUCACUCUCCUGCUCUUCGCCUCGCGCUCCUCCUGCUUCUCGUCUCCGGCGGCGCGCUUCGACCGGCCGAAUCUGGGUCGAUCGCCAGAGAAUCAGAUCCAGCCGGCCCGAAGAAGCGCGUGUCCCUCACGCGCCCCGCGCACGCACAGCUGAUGCAGCGCCGACAGCAGCAGCAGCAGCAGCAGCAGCCGCGACGGCACCAGCAGCAUUACCGCUACCAGCCCGCCUCCACCUCCGUCCUUCGCGGCGGCUUCGGCAGCGGCGUGACCGUUUCAGCCGUCGGUUUCCCCGUAGUUCGUUCCUCCGCCGCUGCCGCCACCUCUGCCAUCACCCCGGCCGCCAGCGCGCCGCCAAUCAAGUACCACGGAGGGCCGGUGAUCGUGGGAAAUCCGACGGUGAACAUUUACCACAUCUACUACGGCAGCUGGGGAUCGGGGUCGGGCAAGGAGAUAAUUGACGCGUUCGUGCAGGCGCUGAGCAGUGACUCGGGCAGCCAGGGCGGCACGGGGGACGCGAGUGUGAAGGGAUGGUGGGCCAUAAGUACUGCUUAUUACCAGACGGGUUCUGGCGGGAAGAAGAAUGUGAGCUCCAAGGUUCGCCUCGCGGGAACAGUGAUUGACAACUAUUCACGCGGAAAGCAGCUGACAGACGACGACGUGCUUGCCAUUGUGAAGAGCAAGGUCGGUGUGGGCAAGCCCUUUGUGCUGGACCCCCACGGCAUCUACGUGCUGCUCACCAGUGCCGAUGUCACGCUCUCAGGCUUCUGCUCAGAGUACUGUGGCUGGCACACUGAAGACUCUAUCAACUCCUCCCCUCUGCGCUACGCCUUUGUGGGGCACCACGGGCAGUGCCCCGACGCGUGCGGGGUAGAGAGCACGUCACCCAACGGGAAGCCGGGUAUUGAUGCUACUAUCUCCACGCUCGCGCAUGAGCUUACCGAAGCUGCCACCGACCCGGAUGCGACUGCGGGGUGGUUUGACGACGACGGCGAGGAGAACGCAGACAAGUGCUCGUGGGAGUAUGGCAAUACUAAGACCGGAUCCCUGCAGAACGGGCAGAGCUACGAGUACAACUUGGUGGGGCUGAAUGGGAUGAGGUUUCUUGUGCAGCUCAACUGGGACCGUGUGAAAAGCAAGUGCGUCCUGCAAAACGCCCUGCCCAGUGAUGUUGGUAGUGGGGGGGGCACUCCCUCCCCACCUCCGCCGACUGGAGGCAGCGUGAAGAUGAGGUGCGAUUGCAUCUGUGCUAGUGCCAGCAACCCCAUGAGCUGCCAGUGCUCCUGCACCAAGACGGGGUGA